GAUAAGCACUGAAAAGAUUUUCGGAGAAUUGUAGGUUCGAGUCUUAGUUGAUGCACUUAGUGAUCGGCCUAGCUUACUUAGGGCUGGGGAUCGAUAUGAAGAAGUUACAAACUGCAUCUGACUAGUCUCCACGUUGUCAACACUAUAUAUAUAUAUAUAUAUAUAGAGAGAGAGAGAGAGAGAGAGAGAGAGAGAGAGAUUGAAAUUCAUGCAAAUUCGAAUUAUAUAGUUUUGAUUUUUGAACGUAACCAAUUAAUUUCUGCGAAUCUAGUCGCAGAGCCAACUUGCAAGAGCUCAAAGAACAUCUAAUCGAUGCGGUCUCGUCAAUUGUCAUUCCGGCUUAGAAUCCUCUCGCGCCUUCUCUCACGCCAGCAAUGUCCUCAUAUGCAUCAUUCUUUCCGAUCGUUUAUCUGUUUUGCCGAUUGAAUCGAAGCCUGUUUGUUCCUAUCUCCCACUCAGCUAGAUUUCUCAGAGACCAUGGCCUCAAACCGCCAAAAUUUCCCCAUUCUCUCUCGCACCAUCUCUCUGUUUCCCCAGCUCGAUGCAUCGAAGCCCGCCUCUGCCCGCCCCUCGGUACCUUCCCGUCUGAUGACCGAUGCGGCCGCCGACGUCGCCCGAGCCUACUCAGUCAUUCAGACCCUCGGCGACCGACCCGACCCGUCUGCGGUGGAGGCCGCUCGAGCGAAGAUGACUCAUCUCAAAUCGGAACUACCCGCGAAAAAGGAGGCGGAGAAGGAGUUUAAGAUAUACGAGGCGGCGGUGAGGUUGGCGGAGCUCUACGAGGCGUAUGCGAAGCGGCUGAGGGAUGCCGAGAAGAGGUUGUGGCAGAUUUAUGAGCGCGCUGUGGAGGAGUGUUUGAUUGACGAGAAAGUUGUUGGGAUAUUGGAAGAGGCGGCGAGGGAAGGAGGGGAGAGGGUUGAGCUUUCUGGGCGGUUGUUGAGGUCUCUUCCUCACGAGGCUUUUGGGGAUUUUCGUGGUUUGGUUGCGCUUGAUCUCUCCAACAAUCAGUUAGAGGUCCUUCCUGAUUCAAUAGCUGGACUACAAAAACUGGAGGAGCUAAAUCUCUCAUCCAACCUUUUGGAGUCGCUCCCAAACUUCAUUGGAUUGUUGCCUAAUUUAAAGGUUCUGAAUGUUUCUGGCAACAUGCUUAGAAGUCUUCCAGAAGCCGUUGCACAUUGCAGUUCACUGGUGGAGUUGGAGGCAAACAGUAACAUGAUCAUGUGUUUACCAACUGACAUCGGCUAUGGAUUACUGAACCUUACAAAGUUCUCAAUCUCCCUUAAUAAAAUCCAUUCCCUUCCAAGAUCCAUUGGUGAAAUGACGUCAUUAAAAUACUUGGACGCUCAUUUUAACGAGCUCUCUGUUGUACCACAUUCUAUUGGGAGGUUGACAAAUCUCAAGGUCCUCAGCCUGAGCAGCAAUUUCAGUUACUUAACAGAGCUUCCUGAAACCAUUGGUGUUCUAACCAACCUCAGAGAGCUUGAUCUCAGUAACAACCAAAUACGCACUCUCCCUGACAUGUUUGGCCGGCUCCAGGAUCUGAAGAAGCUGAAUUUGGAGCAGAACCCACUGAAAAUCCCUCCGAUGGAGACUGUGAGUCAAGGGAUCGAAGCUGUGAAAGAGUUUAUGGCAAAGAGAUGGCUCGAAGCGGACAAGCAGCCAGCUAUGCCCUGUUGGGUGAGGUGGUGCACGCCCUGCUUAGAUGGCAUUCUUUCUGGGAUUUAUCGAAUGGCUGCAGGAUAUCUGGGAGGAGGAAGGGCCUCCAGAGACCCUUUUCUGGAUCAACGUUUGUGAUUGGGUAUCUGCUCGAAAUUGGAUUCAAAUAUAUGCUUUUAUGAAUACAAAGUCGUGUUUAUAUUUGUGUAUAUAUUUUUGUAGUAUGUACAGUUAGUAGGUUUUUGGCUCUGUACAUUUGACACAGCAGGUACAUGCUGCUGUUUGUCCCAAGUCCUCGCAUUUUUUGCAA